AUGGUUAAACCAAGUCUUCUCUCCGCCAUCCCACUUCUCAUGCUCGCCGAGCGAGCCCUUGGAUUCGGCUGUUCAACUCAUAGCUUCACAACCUGCGAAGAUAAAAUAGUGCAUUGGUUCGAUCCCGAUGAUGGAAUGAUCUGUGAUCCUCUCGACUGCGGCGGCGGUCGAGCACCCCCAAAGACAGGUGUACCCGGAUGCGCAGGAUAUACCGGCACAGAAACAAUUGGAACUUCAUACCUUUCAUGCUGGAAACCUUCGACUACGCUUGUUGCUUCAGCGGCUGAGACGACACCGGAAACAACAGUGACGGAAACUCCUGAGCCUAGUACCUUGGUUGAGGUUGAGACGAGAACAAGGACGAAGCAUGUUACGGCUGAACCGACUGAAUCGACUGGAGUUGCGGCGGUGACGACUGGAUCUACUACUGUGGCGCCUGUUCUUCCAUCUGAGACUAAAUCGACUGAGGAAGCUGCUUCUACUUCUACACCAACUGUUGCGUCUACCACUGCUGCGCCUAAUGCGGCUCGAGUUUUGGAGGGUUCUCUUAUUGCUGUAGCUGGCGUGGCGCUUGGAGCAAUUAUCCUUCUUUAA